UAUGGAAUUUAUUCAACGAAAGAACUGGGAAUCAGCUGCUAGGAAGGCCGUUGAAUUUUCCGCGAAAUCUAAGUUGAAUGAUUCGAAAAUAGAACAGUUAUUAGCAAACAGAGGCUCCCAAUUUCCGGCACGUCGAGGCAGUUUAUGGAAGGCCGAUGAUGAUGUACCGAGAUUAGCUGACUUUGUUGUAAAAUUGAUGAAAAAGCCUCGGAGUGGGACGGAAUCGGAAAUUCGGCGUAAAAUACUAGAGAAUAGAACUGCGAGACCAGAUAGAAGAGUGUAUUUACUUAAUCCUAGGAAACCGGAAGAAAUAGGUUGUUCAUUAUGCCUAAAUUACGCCCAUUCUACCCUCCAACAAAACGUUAAUGCGAUAACAGCGGAUACAUUGAUAGCGGCUAGAAGGAAAUUACUUAUUCGUAAGCAAAUAGCCAAACAAACGGAUGACCGAAUUAACGUGAAUAACAAACGUCGACCGGAUUAUUACCAACAGUUAAACGCUAUUAAGAAUGAAAGCAAAAGCCAAAUUAGACGCCUCGAGCAAAUGAACGAUGAUGAAAAACUAAGAGCAUGUGGUUUAUUUGUUGAUGAAGACGAAGUAAAAAGUCAUUACCUACCACCACAUAAAUGGAUGGGUAACUACUUAUCUCGUAAAUUUAAAAGUCUAAGUUCUCCAGAAAAAAUGGUUUCUUUUAACAAACAAAUCAACAAUAAUAACUAUGUAUAUACAAAAAUUCGGCCCAAAAGCCGACGAGAUCUUCAUUAA